CGCAGACCCCGGCCCCGACGCCGCCGCCGCCCGCCGGCCACCAGGUCGUGCACGUGCGCGGCGACUCGGAGACGGACCUGGAGGCGCUCUUCAACGCCGUCAUGAACCCCAAGUCGGCCAACGUGCCGCACACCGUGCCCAUGCGGCUGCGCAAGCUGCCCGACUCCUUCUUCCGCCCGCCCGAGCCCAAGGCCGCGCACGCGCACGCGCACUCGCGCCAGGCCAGCACAGAUGCCGGCACUGCAGGAGCACUGACCCCGCAGCAUGUCCGCGCUCACUCAUCCCCAGCUUCCCUGCAGCUGGGCGCCGUGUCUCCAGGGACCCUUACCCCCUCUGGAGUGGUCUCGGGACCCGGAGCUGCACCUGGUGCCCAGCACCUCCGGCAGUCUUCUUUUGAGAUACCUGAUGAUGUUCCUCUGCCUGCUGGCUGGGAGAUGGCCAAGACAUCAUCCGGACAGAGAUACUUCUUAAACCACAUUGAUCAGACAACCACAUGGCAGGACCCCCGGAAGGCCAUGCUGACCCAAAUGAACGUCACAGCCCCCACCAGCCCUCCGGUGCAGCAGAGCACGAUGCAUUCUGUCUCAGGUCCUCUUCCUGAUGGAUGGGAGCAAGCUGUGACUCAAGAUGGAGAAAUUUACUACAUAAACCAUAAGAACAAGACCACCUCCUGGUUAGACCCAAGAAUUGACACUCGUUUUGCCAUGAGCCAGAGAAUGGGUCAGAGCGCGCCUGUGAAGCAGCCACCUCCGCUGGCCCCGCAGAGCCCACAGGGGGCCGUCCUGGGUGGUGGCAACUCCAACCAGCAGAUUCGGCUGCAGCAACUGCAGAUGGAGAAGGAGAGGCUGCGACUGAAGCAUCAAGAGCUUCUGCGGCAGGCAAUGCGGAAUAUCAGUCCCAGCACAGCAAAUUCUCCAAAAUGUCAGGAGCUAGAAUUAUUUUCCAGUUACCAACAACUGGAGCAAGAUGGAGGGACACAGAUCCAGUGUCCUCUCUUGGGGAUGUCUCAAAUUGAGAAAAUGACGACCAACAGCUCAGAUCCUUUCCUUAACAGUGGCACCUACCACUCCCGGGAUGAGAGCACAGACAGCGGGCUGAGCAUGAGCAGCUACAGUGUCCCACGCACCCCAGACGACUUCUUGAACAGUGUGGACGAGAUGGAUACAGGUGAUACUAUCAACCAAAGUACCCUGCCCUCACAGCAAAACCGCUUCCCAGACUACCUGGAAGCCAUUCCAGGAACAAAUGUGGACCUUGGCACUCUGGAGGGAGAUGGAAUGAACAUAGAAGGAGAGGAGCUGAUGCCCAGCCUUCAGGAAGCUCUGAGUUCCGACAUCCUUAAUGACAUGGAAUCUGUGCUGGCAGCCACUAAGCUAGAUAAAGAAAGCUUUCUCACAUGGUUAUAGAGUCCUCGGGUAGACUGCACUCUUAACUGUGACAGAGCUAAGGAAAUAAGACACAUGCACCUGAAACUCCCAAAGAGCCAGUUGCACUAUUCUGGCUCCUGCAGAAAGAAGCAGACGAACAAACUUCCAGCAAGAUUCUUUCAUCCACUCUUUUGCUCUUCCUUGUCCAUUGCUGCUGUUAAUAUAUUGCUGACCUCUUUCAUAGUUGGCUCUAAAGAAUCAAACUCCCCCCCCCCUUUUGUUUCUUUUGCUAUUUUAACUACUGUUGGUUUGGGGGGCAAGGAGAAGUGAGCCUGUGUGGCGAUGGUGCCAUUUCUUCUGCCCAGUUAGGUGGUUAUCGAUCAUUUAACUCCAUCCUCAAACCUGGAAGCCACGUGCUUCCUUCCAGUCACAGCAUUGAGUUUGUUCAAAUCCUUUUCUCUUCAUCUGCCUUUGGCCAGUGCAAAACAUUACUUACUGGUCUGACAAGCCAAAAGAUGUUGUAUCUGAUAUUAACUUCUUAAUUCUGAGUCUAAGAGAUAGCUGAAGCCACAGCUGAAGACUGUUUUACUUUCAGUAUUUUUUUCCUCCUCGUGCUAUCAUUAGUCACAUAGUGACCUUGAUUUUAUUUUAGAAGCUUAAGGCAUGAGGCAGUUUUCAAUAGAAAUAUAUUAAUUAUUGCCACAUAUUCUAGUA